AUGCCUCUUGACAACAUACGGAACAUCCUUCUUGUGCUCUCCGGCAAAGGCGGAGUCGGAAAAUCAAGCGUUACUACCCAACUCGCCCUUACCCUAUCGCUACAAGGACAUUCGGUCGGUGUUUUGGAUAUAGACUUGACAGGCCCGAGCAUACCGCGCUUCUUUGGCAUCGAGAAUGAAAAAGUAAGGCAAGCGCCUGGUGGCUGGAUACCGGUGGAUGUACACGGUGAGCAGACAUUGGCUACGCACAAGAGAGGGGGUGGAGAGGAUGGAAGCACAAUGGAGCAAACAGAAGGAGGAGAGGCGGCUGCGGAUGGCCAAAAGAUUGGAUCUUUAUCCUGCAUGUCACUAGGCUUCAUCUUAGCCUCGCGCUCCGAUGCUGUGAUCUGGCGCGGCCCCAAGAAGACAGCCAUGGUUCGCCAGUUCCUCACCGACGUCCUCUGGCCGCCGCUCGAUUACCUCCUCAUCGACACGCCGCCCGGUACCUCCGACGAACACAUUUCUCUGCUCGAAACACUUUUGAAGAACACCACGCCCUCUCCCGCUCUCAACCCGUAUCUCCCCUUCCUGGCCGGCGCCGUCGUGGUCACGACCCCACAAGCCAUCAGCGUUAGCGACGUCAAGAAGGAACUCAACUUUUGCAAGAAGACCGGCAUCAGAGUCCUUGGCGUAGUAGAAAAUAUGGCCGGCUUCGUCUGUCCAAACUGUUCGGAAUGCACAAACGUUUUCAGCAAGGGCGGCGGAGCCGUCAUGGCAACAGAGUUCGAAGUCCCUUUCUUGGGUUCCGUGCCGAUUGACCCAGCGUUUGUGGAGUUGGUCGAAAGCGGGACGAGGCCGGUGUAUCCCAAGGGUACGGUGUUGCAAGGGAAGGAGAUGGAUACUGAAGAAGUUGCAGCUCUGAAGAGUAAGGAUGGCCUUUUUGUGGACAAGUAUCGGGAUUGUUCGUUGGCGCCACUUUUUGAGGAAUUUGUAACGAGGUUGAAGGGAGAUAUUGGGAGGAUUCAGUGA